UCUAGACAUCCCACGAAUCCCAAACCCAGAGUGGCAUUGACGCUCUCAGGCCAGUGUAUCACCAUCCAUCCAUUGCUCUAUCCCUUGGCGCACAUAAGGCCCCAAGAAUCCCCCUUUGUUCAGCCUUUGUUCAGCCUUUGUCCCCGGACAUCUGCGUAUGGAAGUGGACGCCGCCGAGCCAACCCGGAUCUGAGCUUGAGUGCGUUGGACGCGGCGGCAGAAUGGCGUUCAGUCGCGCUAUUUGGGCCUUCUUGGUCAUCAGUUUGAGCGUGAUCAUGGGCCAGGAUCCGACGGACAUCAAUUGGUUGGAGGCGGCCCCGGGCGUGGCCAUGGAGUACAAAGUACACGUGGAUGCCGGCAAAGAGGACUGCUACUUCCAGUUUGUGCACGCCGGGGCCACCCUUUACGUCUCCUAUCAGGUACUGAAAGGUGGUGAUGGAGCCAUUGGAUUCGCCGUGAAGGACCCGCAAGGCAAGGCCGUUCAUCCAUACGCGUGGAAAGCCAACUCUGAGUACGAAGAGAACACUGCCACGGGAGGUUACUACGCCGUGUGCUUGGACAAUCAGUUCUCCAAGUUCUCGGCCAAGUUGGUCAACCUCUACUUGACCACGUUCCGCUACGAUGAGUGGGAAAAGUUCGCGCAAGAACUGCAGGACAUGGAUGUCACUGUGCAAAACUUCACAACCGUCCUGAGUGGCGUGGACAAACGAAUUCAAGUGAUGCGCCAAUUUCAACAACUGUCUCGCGGCCUCGAAUCGCGCGAUUACAAUCUUCUCGAAGCCAAUCUCAGCUACGUGUCCACGUGGUCUCUGGUUCAAUGUGCCGUGGUCAUUGUCUCUGGGUUCACUCAGGUUCACUUCGUCAAAUCGCUUUUUAAUUCGGACGGACGCAAAACUGCCGGAGCCAAAACUCAAACUCGAGCUUAGGGCUCUGCGGAUUCCCUAAACGAGACUGAAUGGGGUGUGUGUAUUAGGCAUGAUUGCGCUUGCUCUUCCUCUCCCCUCCCUAAUCAUUCCAAGACACGCUGAAAAGGCGGAAUACGCUUUGCUUUUCCCCCCCCCCGAGAUAUUCGACAGACGGAUUCUUAAUUUUUCUUACUUGACCAAGAAAAUACUCGUAAUAAUACUCAAACGACGACAAAGAUCUGGGAAACAUUCCAUCGCAUAAUUUAUUUUUUUAUUACGCAAGUAUAGCUGUUGUUACAUGAUUACUUUGACGAUGAUCAUUAUUACUUUUGUUGUUAUACGUUUAGGUUAUUACCAUUGUAACUCGUAUUUGAAAUGACGGAACAAUAAAGCGAUUUUUUUUGCAGA